GUUAAGGCGCGCCGGCCGCGCCUAAUUAAGACGCGAAUGUCGGAUGUGCAUACCUUUCGAUCCCAGAUUUCCACACUACUUGCAUUUGUGCCCUGAGAGGGAUACCGCGACCCUCGUCCUUCGAUUUUGAUCCUCGCGUGUGACAGGUGAAGUCCCCGCAGGCGUUCUCAUGAUGGAUCCUUUCCUCGUCAGUAUACAUCCUCGAUGAUACCUCUGCCGAUCUCGGAUUCCAUGUCCGGACACUCCCUUUUAAUUGCAUAAAAUCUGCCACAUGUGUAACUCACGCAAUCGGUCGUCAUUUUUCAAGAUAUCAAAUAAUGUCAUGAGUUCCGAAGAUACAACUGAUAAUGCAACGGCAGCUGAUUCUUCUAGUAUAGCUAUGAAGACUAAGAAUUGGGUCCAAUUUGAAGAUGAAACGGGUCCAAAAGAAACUACAGAUGUGGAAAGAAAAGCCAACAGUAGUGCACCUGCUGUAAUAAAGCCUGAGUCGGUUAUGGUCCAAAUCGACAAGCUUAAUAAAAGUAUUGAUCCACCUGAUAUUAAUGAUAAGAAAAGUAAUGAGUAUAAAGGUGCUGUGAUAGCAACCGAAUCCGUCCAGAUUAAUUUAGAUAGAUCAGGUUUAAGUCGUUCCAUCACAUCCGAUAUUCCGGAUCUCAAAGUACAGUCUGAUGUUAGAACAUCGGAAGCCAAGAGUGCUUCUUUAAAAACUAUUGAUCUAAGAGAUGUAUCCAACGGUAGGAAUACAUCAAGCAAUGUUGUGAGCACAUCUAUCGGAAAUAUUAGACAGGGCUUUGCCAAUGGUGAUACUAUCGUUACUCUUUUACCAGUAAAUACUAAAUGGCCAUGGAUUACUCCAGCUAGGUUUAGACCAGAAUUAGUGCCAGAGGAAUUGAUGGCACAAGGAUUAACGCUCACAGUGGAAGAUUAUGUGCACAUAAUGGAAUUACUUGUAAAUGAUGUGCGCUUUAACAUGUACAACAUAUGCUACAAGAGGAUUCUUGUCCUUUGGAUAUUCACCGCUUUUAUUGUACUACUUGGUCUAUUGUUCUCUGGUGUGACCGGUCUUACUUUAUUCGGACUCGGUAUCAUGUGGCUGGUCCUGAACGCGGCUGCAAUAUUCUUUUGCAUGUUUAUCAAGAUAAAGCUCAAUCACAAUCUGGAGAAAUGUAUGGCUCAAAUCAACAAACAUUUAUUAAAACACAAAAUAAUAUUGGGUUUGGAUGAUAGAGGAAAGAUCUCCUGCCAUAAGGUCAACUUGUGUUUCAUAUACUUUGAUACUACCGAUUGUGUUAAAAAAUUACAAGAAGUAAUAGAAAGGGAAGAACGUGAAGGUAGAGUAAUUGGUGGUGCUGGUGGUGAUGACGCAAACGAAUUAAGCCGACAACGAGAAUUACAGCAGCGUAUGGACAUUGAUGACAAUGACAUUGUUAUACAAGGCAGCACUACCACAAGAAUUUCUCGUAAACAGGGUAAAAACGAACAAGUAUUCUGCCGUUAUGUGCAACGUUGGGCGAAGGAUUACUUACGACGACGUUUGGAUUGGACAGUUGACGAGGAGGGUGGAAAUCCUUCUUCGCCACGUCACUUAGCAUCUGCUCUGUGUCCAUGUCAAUAUAUAGAGGAAUGGUUACGUAAUAAACCACGCGUUCAGGGGAGAGAUUUUUGUCCCAGAUGGAGUAGUUUUUUGAGAGAUAGAGGCAUUUGAAUACAGUUGAAUACAUUUAUUCUAUAUUUUUUAUAUAUAUUGUUAAUGAACUACAUAUAUGUAUAUGUGCAGUGCAUAUACAAAAAUUACACAGAGGUUAUUUUAGAAAGUUAUUAUUUAAUUCUCUUGGAUAUGCAUUACUAUACAAGCAUUUUAAUAUUUUGUAUCAAGUAUAUGAUGUUUUAUAUACCAUUACUUAUAUUCUUAACUGUACUUAUUUUAUUCUCGUCAUGGCAACAUCAUGAAGAAUCUUAUUUUUAACUUUAUUACAUUUUACUCGCAGUAUAAAGACAGAGAAUCAAACAAAGAGUUUGUUCUGAAUAGUAUGAUUCAGAAUAUAAGACACUAUUAGCAGUUUUCAAAGAAAAUUGCUAUUUACUUUUAUUGAUUUGCAAGCAACUUGAAGUAUUAAUAUUUUUAGUUUAUAAAACCAACUUUAUAUUUGAUAUUCAUAGAAUGUGGCCAUUUUUAUUGAUAUAGCUAUAAAUCGCACAAUAUAUAGAUGACAAUACAAGUUUAAACUUAAGAAAAACAUUUAUUACAUGUUAAAAAAGUUGUAAAGAAAUUUUAUGCCUUCGAAAUUUCUUAAAGCUAAUUUUUAAUAUGCUUGUAAACAUAUUGAAAAAUUAUUUUGUCUUGAUUAUUGUUUCUUAUCAUUAUGUUUGUUGUAUUAUUUUAGAAAUUAUGUUUAUAAUUUAUAGAUUUUGUCAUUUAUAUAUGCGUUUAAUUUUGAGUUAUUUUAAAUGUACUUAAUAAUUUAUUUAGAAAUAUUAGCAUGUACGAAUAAUCGAUGCAUGACAAGUUAUAAUCUUACUCAAAUAUUGAAAUUAGUAUGAUUUUGGUGACUUCAAUUUUCUAUGCUGUAGAUCCUGUAAAUGUGUACUUCAUGUUAAUUAUUGUACUUUUUUAUAAUCGCGCGAAAAAUAUGAAUAUAACUUUUACAUGUCUACAGCACAUUGAAAUAUGAACUCAUAAAAAAUUAUAAUUUUGAUUUUUGAUUAUCAAUAGAGCUCAUGGAUCGUUUUUUCGUUUCCAGAUAUCAAGACUCAUCCACAUUCCAUAUUUAAUGCUGAAUGUAAUUUUGAAAUGUUAUUCGUGUAAUAUAAAAAUUACAUGUGUAUCAUAUCCUAAGGAUAUACCAACAUUUAGCAUUAAAUUUGAAUACAAAUCUGUAUCUUAUCAAAAUCCAUAAAGAUAUGUAGAUGCAUAAAUGAAUGAUAAUUUUUAUUUUAGAUUAACUUGAUUAAUCUCUAUUACAACAUUCCAGAAAAUUGUUUUCUUUAGAAGAUUAAUAGUAUUAUUAAAAUUUUUGAAGUUGAUAUAACUUUUUCAUUUAUGCUGAUAAAUAUCUAUUUUUCUAUCAAUGAUUUUUCGAUACUUUAUAAUUACAUUUAGCCUGCGUUUACAUUCCUUGAUCAUAGAUAUAUUUUUAUAGGAUUAUACAUAUGUAAAAGACAAAUGUACCUGUAAAAUGGUGAACAUAUUUUUAAUUACGAAAUAACGAGCUUCAUACAUUUUAUAUAACAAGAAGAACAUGUUUCAUAAUGUUAUUAUGAAACAUAAUGGCAGUCAGAUCAUUAUUAUUAAGACAGUAAUUUACAAACUAUUCUUUGCUGAAAGGAAUACAAAUUACAAGAAAGAUUAGAAAGAGUUUGCAGCACGUAGUUUCAUAUAUAAUAAAAAUGUAUAAUAAACUAGGCUUGUGUUUCUUCACAUAUCUGUAGCCAUCAGAAGAUGUACGAUAUCUAAGAAAUACCAUUGUAUAUUGCAUCUAUUUGAAUAGAUAUAAUUGUACACGUUAUUUAUAAAAAAUUACUUAAAAACCGAAAAAAAAAUAGAUUACUAUACUGAGAAGAAAAGUAGAUUACUCUUCCGUAUCAGAUCUGGCUAUCACUGAAUGAUGAUGGUGUGUGUGUGUGUGUUGACAGGAACGGGCGGAGUUGCUGUUGCUGAGGUAUGCUUCUCGAUGGGCACGUCACUUUGUGCGCCGCA